CGCUUGUGUGGGAGGUUAUUCAUAACGAAGUGGUAGCGGUGGAAGUAUUUCCUAAAUUUAAGAAAGGUAAGCUGAACUGUAGAACGUAACCUCUAAAACGUCUUUUAUUAUAGAUUCCCUUUUUGAGGGUGGACCUUCUGUAGUUAUCACAGAUAUACUUGCCUCGCAGUUGUAAAUUUGCUGUUUUGUAAUUUGGCAGAGCGCGGUGUCCAUGAUCACCUCAAAUUCAGAUCAGACCGUUUUUGGUUUUGUUAGGUUCAAGUCUCUGUGUUGAUAGCCGUUUAUUUGAGAAAGUGCUGAAGUGAAUUUAUUAUGUCCCACUUCCCUCUUCCAAUAAUGACAGCGUGGAGUUGCUUCUGUUCCCGAGGAUAACCAUUUUCUUUUUCCGGUUGGUCUUGGAAAGUUCUCGUCAGUGACAUAUCCCAUAAUAUUAUUUUGUAUCUUGUAGAGCUCAUAAUCUUUCCGAACUGCUGUAACGCAGCAAGAAUAAUUUAGGGGCCUACAAUAUAUGAAUUUCAGUGCUUUAUCCAUAGCUUAAUAAUAAGUUAUUCAAAGGAUAUCUUCAGGGGUCUGUGAGGAAUUAGCAAAAAGAAGCAGAAUAAACUAACAAUAGCAGUACAAUGGGCAAUUCCAGAAAAUAUCCAUACCCAACCACGGACGGCUUCCAUGUUUUCACCCCCCCUUGCCUUCGGAAAUUCCAAAAUGCGCUACCCCCCCAUGCCCUCAGAAUUCCAUAGUCGUGAACCCCCCCUCCCCUUCAGAAUUUCCGGGUUUUUUUAAAAGUACAUUUUCGACUUAGCAACGCCUAUAAGAACAAACGAACAUGAAUUUAUGCCUCCUCAAGGCUGUGAUCUAGCGGCACCAGGUGACAAGCUUUACUCUUCAGUGACAAGAAAAACCUACGCUAGUUGCCAGGCCGUGCAAACUCCUUUUUAAGUCCGAAUUUGGCUAUAAAAAUAAACACCACUUAAGGUAAUUUUACUCCUCUUUGUUUUCUUGUGCUGUUUUGACGUUUACAAAGGAAAAUAGCUCAAACAGACUGUUAAAAUCUUUUGGCGGUCAAAUAUACCGUCGAGUCGUGUUGCGUCCUUUUAUACGUCAUGUAGUGCGCACGAAAAGUGUUCUAAUCUGACAGGCGUUCCUUGGAAGUGAGGGACUGGUGCGAGUUUUUUUACUGUGUUUCGGACGGGAGUAACAAGAAAUUUGCAAGCGGUAUUAAAAGAUACAUUUUCAGUUUUUAUUCACGUGACAAGAAAUUCAUCAAGGUAAAUGUGAAACCAACGUUUUACUGUUCACUUCUAUAAGUUAUGAGCGUAAACACGUGUCUGAUCUAUCGAUGCUUGUCUUCUGCUUCCGCGGUCAUACGUUCGUGGUUUAUUUACGAACUACAAAAGUCCACAACAAUAGCGUUUUCCAGGAACUUACUCUACACUUUCUACUCCAGAAAUCCCACCUGUGGAAUUCCCCAUACCUUCGGUUUCAAAUCGUAAAUACCCCCCCAUGCCUUCAGAAUUCCAUAAUCGUGAAUCCCCCCCCCUUCGGAAAUCCUUAAAGCCGUCCGUGGUAUGGUAUGGAUAUUUUCUGGAAUCGCCCAAUGGCCCUGAGUAAUGAUUCUGACAUCAAUUUUGACAUUUGAAAGAGUGCUAUGGAAUCUCGAUCUGGAUGGCCCAGACAUAUCAAUUCAUGAAAUAGAUUUUCCACUAAUUAUGAACUCUUAUGAUAUUGUCGCUUAAAAGUUAGUUUUGUUGAGCUUGUUACAGUUGUGAGAGUAAACGCGUCUCUCUCUUUUAAACGCCUCCUAUCUUUUAAAUUCCCCCUCAUGGACCACUAAAGUUACGUAUUAAAAUGACUCGGGCAUCUAUAUUAGAUCAUUCACAGUACCUAAAACCCGUAUCAAAUUGAAGCUUAGUGAACUGGCUAAUAUCUUACAAUGUACAUUGUAUAUUAUACCAACAAUUUUCUUAAAACUUCACUUUUGGUUUUGUUAUUGCUUUUUCAAUGUCACUGUGAAUGUCUGAAUCAGCUUUCGAAUGCUAAUGCUCUGCCAGAUAAGAGAUUUUACCUCACAUUUUUGUACCUUAAAACAGUUUUGGUGUUUCUAAAAACUGAUCUUUAAUCAAAAAUUGACAAAACCCUGACAUGUAUUUUUGUUUUAGGGCUUUGACUUAAAGCUCUAGACUAGAAAAAAUCAAAUUAGUGAAAAACAAAGUUUGCUUUGAUUUUUUAUCUUUUAAAAGCUGAUUUGAGCAAUUGCAUAAAAAAGUAGGACAGAACUGUCAACACUGUAUAUCAGUUAAUUAAGUGUAGAUCAGUAAAACUGUUUAACAGUAAAGAAAUUUGUAAGUUUUUAUGAUAGCCAUUCAAUUAAGCUGUAAUUUGAUAUAAGGUUAGGUAUCGGCAGAUUGUAACUAAAAAUGGGUGACAUCAGUACUAUACUAGCUGCACUGCACAGACUAGACCGAAUUCAUAAGCCCAAAGGAGGUGUUAAAUUGCGCUUUUGUAAACAUAUGCAAGGGUUUCAAUUUCGCUAUACUCGAAGAGUUGUUUUACAUGUUUGACUACGGUUUUCACCAGCUACGGCCUAAGGUACAAAUUCGAAAGUUUAAAUCAUUUGUUAUUUGCACGGCCUAUAGAACUGAUGACGUGCCUCUGUCCUGUUUCGAAAAUGAUUUGCUUUUCUCGCUCAACUCUGCAAUGUCAUGAAAUAUUCCUGUUUUUAUUCUUGCUGAUGUCAAUUGCAACAUGCUUUGACCCGAUGCAAAGGAGGCAAAAGUGCUACAUGAUUUUUGUGACUCCUUCAAUCUCACACAGGUUAUAAACAAGCCUAAAAAAUUACUCAGUUCUUCAAGUCCAUUAUUGACGUUAUUAUUACUAAAAAAGCAAACUUGACAAAGGAAACACAAGUUAUUCCACACUCAAAUCAGUGACCAUGAACUGAUUAUAUUUGCAACUCUACAACUCAAGAAACCUCGUCCCAAAUCUGUAUACAUUACCACAAGGAGCUUCAAGAAUUACAUCAAAGACACUUUCCUCAAGGACAUUUCCAAUGUUCCCUGGUUCAUUCUAGACACUUUUGAUAAUGUGGAGGAUUUUAGAUCAACAUGAGCCUCUGAACACUGUAAAACAGUCCGAACACGCCCAACUCCUUUCAUUGAUGACAAUGUAUGUGCGCUAAUGAAAACAGGAGAUCAUUGGCAGAAGUUAGCAAGGCAGACAAAUUAAUGAUCCUGCUCCCUAGUCUGGCUAUUAAAAUUUUAAAUGAGAAGAAAAGCGAGAGCUACAGAUUGCUCAAAGGAAUUUCAUCCAAGAAUGUAUAUCACAGAAUUCAAAUGACACUAAUGCAAUGUGGGAGACAAUUUUAUUAUAAGAUUGUGUAUCCCAAAGAAAUCUGUAAGUGUAAGGGUUUACAGUGAUGAUGAUAAAACUAUUGCUAAAUAGAUUUAAUCAAUUUUUUUACUUCAGUUCGAGAAACAACAUAUGAUAAAAUCAAACAGCUCGCUAAUGAGUGAGGUUAUGCUCGAGCACAGCAAACCUGCAGCCCAGAAUUUCCAAGAGCAGAGCAAUUUAUUUUUGCCGAAAAAGGCAGGCUGUACAUUGUUCGGAUGUUGAAAAGAUUGUAUCAUCAUUGUCUAGAAAAAAAGUGCCAGGUCUUGACAAGAUAUCGAUUCAUGUUAUCAAUAUCUCUGCACCUGUUAUUAUUCCUUCUAUUACUGCCAUUAUAAAUUCUUCUUUUACUAUCAGCACCUAUUCUGGAGAUUGGAAGAUUGCUUAAGUGUCACCAAUCUUGAAAAAGGAUGAUUUUGAAGAACCAGGCAACAAUAGGCCAAUUGCUUUGUUGUGUGUCUUCCCUAAGGUGUGCGAAAAGGCAGUCCUGAAUCAGCUAACACCCUACCUAAAAACAAACAAAUGGCUGGCAGUGGAACAGAACAGAAAAAAAAGUGGCACUCCACUGAAACUUCUCUUAUUGUCUCUAUUUUAUGGACACUAUGCUCGAGGUGGUCGACAAGAGAAAGCUAACAGCUAUUAUAUUUAUGUGGACAUGAGCAAAGCGUUCAAUAGCAUCAAUCACAGCAUUUUUUUGCGAAAAUGAAAAGCCGAUGGGGCUGGCCCUUUCUGCAGUCUCCUGGUUUAACAGCUACUUGUCCCAAAGAUCUUAAGUGGUAAUGGCAUUAAUGCUGUGCUGUCUGAUGCUCUACCAGCAUGAUGUGUGGAGACUGUCACAAAACAAGCAAAGCUAUCAUGUCAAAGUUUUUUAAAAACGGGUAGUUUUCAAUGUGGUGCAAUGGAUGUAAAGUGAUUUUAUGAAAAGCAUGUUUUACAUAAAUACGGAAAUACUGAUCACUAAGCGAAUUUUAAUAUGCAACAAUCGACAGGUCACAGAGGUAAAAAAUUGUUUGUGUGUAAGUCACAGUAAAGACCAUUGACUCUUGAAAUUGCUCAAGAAUUUUGGCCAUGAUACAAAUGUACUUACAGUUUUUAGGCCAUCGUGCGCUAUGAGAAUCAUAUCCGGCACUACAGGAAUCGCAUAGCACACAACGAAAAUCGCGUAGCGCACAACGUGGUUCGUGUCUCGCAAGGAGGUGGUUACUUACUUUUGAGCAGCACUGUAGUAUACUUGGAGCCAUGUUAUUCAGUAUCUACGUAAACGACCUACCAGCAGUCAGUGAGAUGUGCUCAACUUUGUGUAACAUUGAUGGCACAACAAAAUUUUCUCCUUUGCAUUAGAGGAAUCUCAUGCCUCCGAGGGUAAAAUCGAUGAUUACCUACAGUGAAUCCAUGAUUGGUGCUUCGAGAACUAUGUCCUGUUUAGCCCAGAUAAGACAAAGCUCAUUUGUAAACCACUGAACUUUAAACUUUCAUUCCUGGGCAAUAAGGAACUUUUACCUGCGGACUCUGUUGUUAAGAUUAAGGAGUGAUAUUUGAUGCUAUACCCUGACAUUUGAUUCCCAUAUCUCAGCUCUCACUGCUUCUUGCAUUUAUAAGCUAGCUCAGAUAAAUCA